UCUUAUUCUCGGUGAAGACUGAAAAUGUCAGUUCCGUUGUCAUCUGUGAAACACGGAAAACCGAGACUACUCAUAAACCACGAAUCUGGACGGUUAUAAGUAAGAAAAUACAUGCACAAUAAUUAGCAUUUGAGGUUGGGGUGAUACCUACAAGGCCUAUCCCAUCUGUGUACGAAAUAUGUUGGUGAUACGUGGGUCAGAAUAGAAGAGAAUUUAAUUACUUUCCACAGACUCUUCAAAGGAAAUAUCACGUGUCAAAACCUAGAAGAUCAUAAACAAAAAGUGUUAAAGUGCCGUUGGCAGUUCUGUACAUAUUAUAUAUCUCAUAGCAACUGUGUAAUGUGGGCGUACUGUUAAAACCACAUUGUAAUGUGGAAUAUGUUAUGUUUUUUUAAAGUUAUAGAUUUCCUAUGCAGGUGUGAAUAUACGUGUUAAAAUGGCAGGCACAGGUUCCGAAGAAAAUACCGUAGGACGUAACAAAGUGGUUGAUAAUGCAUGGUCUUUGAAAAUUCCUGAAUUUCGUCCGGAUGAUAAUCCACACAGACUUUUAGAAGAAAGUUCAUUUGCGACGCUGUUUCCAAAAUACAGGGAGCACUAUUUGAGGGAAUGUUGGCCUUUAGUUCAGUCAUCUCUAGAAGAACAUGGCAUAAAGGCAGACCUGGAUGUUGUGGAAGGCAGCAUGACUGUGAGAACAACUCGUCGCACGUGGGAUCCGUACAUUAUUGUAAAGGCAAGAGACAUGAUAAAGCUUUUGUCAAGGAGUGUACCAUAUGAACAAGCAAUUCGCGUACUUCAGGAUGAAGUGGGAUCAGACAUAAUAAAAAUUGGGUCUUUAGUACGAAACAGGGAAAAGUUUGUGAAGAGAAGGCAGAGACUAAUUGGACCCAGCGGUUGCACUCUUAAGUCCAUUGAAUUGUUGACCGAUUGUUAUGUCCUCGUCCAGGGUCAAACCGUGGCAGCCCUAGGCCCUUACAAAGGUCUUCAACAGGUACGGCGUAUUGUUGAGGAUACAAUGCACAACAUUCACCCAAUCUACAAUAUCAAAGCCUUAAUGAUCAAGCGUGAACUGGCAAAAGAUACCAAAUUAAAGAAUGAAAAUUGGGAACGAUUUCUUCCCAAGUUUAAUAGCAAGAAUCUUAGUAAACGGAAACAACCGAAGAAGAAGAAAAUUAAGAAAGAGUACACACCAUUUCCUCCCCCUCAGCCAGAGAGCAAAGUGGACAAGCAGUUGGCUAGUGGAGAAUACUUUUUGAAGGAAGACCAGAGACAGGCUCGUAGGCGCAGAAUGAAGGAUGAAAAACAUGCAGCAGCAGCCAAACUGCGAGAAGAGAAACGAAACAAACCAUUCAUACCACCUGAGGAACCCCAGUUCAAGUCCUCAGCAGUGAGCCAGAGCUCUGAUAUUGAUGUAAUAGCACUGAAGAAGAAAAUAAAAAAUGCCCAAAAGAAGAAGGUGUCACCAUAAUCAUAGUAUCUUGUCUUUGUAAAUGCACAGAUGUUAAUAUUAUUUUAUUUAGUAAAGUGUACCAUGUUCAUCCUUGUUUCGCAGAUUUCCAAUUUUUCUUUUAAAUAAAACAACCUUUAUUUUUGUGCAUUGUGUUCCCUUCUCAAAUGCUGUAAACAUACCCCUCCAAACAAUCAAAACAUUGUAAUAUUCAUACAGUGCAGAACUGGUAGUGUCAUUGGUUUAUAGAGUUUUUUUUUUGAAUUUUUACUUUAAUUUCUUUUGAUUGUACCAAACAUUUGAUUAUUUAUUGAAAUUUCUUUCUGUGUUCAUUUAAAUAAAUAUGAGAUGUUAGCAGUUAAACUGCCAACUCAUUCUUUGAAUUCAGAUUAUGUAACUGUUUUUGGAUAUUUUACAUUGGUCCCAAUGGAUGGAUGCCAUUAUUCUACAUUUGGAAACAACUUUAGAUUACUGUAACAAGUGUAUUUUUUAAGUUACUCCAAAAAGCAGUGCAAUGGCCAGCAACUUAACUAUGGCAUAUUACCUGUUACUAACUUAUGUUAGGUAUUGUUUUAGUGAUAUAACAUUUUGUCAGUCCUAUCUUCCACUGCAAUAAGUGACUUUCUGCGGUUUCUUCGUGCUCUCCCAAAUAUUCACUGUCCUUCUGACACAUCAUGCUCAUACCACAGAAUGGUGCCCAAUAGCUUGCAUGAUAAACAUUCUCAAGGAAACAGCACCACAAUUGACUGACUGUUGGAUGUCAUUGUAUCCUAAAGUUCAGCCUGCUGUAAACUGCCUGUCAUCUGUCAACAUGCAAACAGAAAACCACUUCACACUCUUCUUGACAUGAAAUCACUAUUUGCUAAUGCUAACAAUACAAGGAUAUGUUGUAUAUAUAACAGUAUAUGAAGUGUGCUGUUUGUGUGUUGAUAGGCCAAUAGUUUAAUAACUGCUACAGGAUACUUGCUUACAAGUUGUCUACUGUAGGAAAUUAUCAAAAUCAUGUUCCUGUACACAGUUUUCAUUGUAUCCUGAACUGCAGAAUAUUAAGAUAUAUGUUACCUCUUAUUGGGACUGCCUGUAAGUAAUGUUUAUGCUGAAAGGAUGGCUUCAGGAAAGGGUGUACAGUGGAAGCAAGUGAACAAAACAAUGCUUUUUCAUAAAAUGUUAUAAUUGAAACUGAGUUUUAUGUGGUAAUGUACAAAUUUGUUGCUUACAUGUAGUUUCCUUGCUAAUGCUUCAUCACAUAUAAUACAAGUACUUGUAUGUUGGAAGAACAACUUGUUUCACACUAGAAUGUCAACUGGUAACAUAAAAAUGUAGAGACCAUACACUAGAAUGUCUCAUGUUAGUCCAGUGAACUGUCCUUUAGCAACCUUUUAAGCCAUGUGGCAACACUAAACAGUAAUAAUAUUAGACACCAUCAUCCAAUCAGACUAUGAAUAUCUACAUGACAGAAUUAAGCCUGGUAUGAUAAUGGUUAAGGAUCACACAAGGAGGAAAAUAGAGCUCCAUAUAUUAUAAACUUUGGCACAAGAUGAGGUUGGUCAGCCUCCCCCUCACAGGAUAUUUAAACAAAAUAAUGCAAGUGAUGUAUGUGUUGCCUCCUUUUUUUAUAUGAAACACACUAACAUUAUGAAAUAAAUGGGUUAGUCAGUGGAGCACAAAUUUUGAUGUUACAAUUGUAUUAGACUCACAGACUUGGGACAUGUGACAAUGAAGUGGGUUUAUGAAAACUGCAACUUGUUUAGUCUGCUUUUGACAUGACAAUGAUGUUUGGCAGCUCCUUUCUGGACCGUAAAACAUAAAUAUGACUCGUAUGACUUUAAGUUUUUAUUACACACUCAGAAAUGACAAUAAAAUCAAUGAUUAAGAUCAAACUUUUGAACACGAGUAAUAUAAUCCCCAAUGGUUUGAAGCCUUAUGUUCAUCUGUAGGUUAUGAUGUGCCAUGCCCGAGGCAGUGAAUUGCUGGCUUCUCACUGCAGAGGCCUGUUUGCUUGCAGGGCAGUCCAUGUGGGAUUAGUCAUGGACAAGUAGCACUGGGACAUGUUUCUCUCCAAGUUCUUCAGUUUUCUCAGGUCAGUAUCAUUUCACAUUGCUCCACAGAGACAUAGUCCUAUUGCAUCAUUAAAAAUCUAGACCCCUUCUGCUGGUCAUUAAAUGAUAGCAAAGUCUGCCUCAUAGGUGUCAUCACCUCAGAAAUGGAGUCUUUACCAUUGCUAAGGUAAGCAGAGGGAACAGAUUUUUACUGAUUAAGCCUUUGUUCAUAUGGAAAUACUGAAGUGAAGCAGUUUCUCUAUACACAGUCUUUAAAUACAAAACUAUGCAAUUUCCUUGUAACUGUCAAGAUCCUGAAACUGGUCAUUCUUCAGAAUGCUUCCUAAUAAAGGAUGUGGAUAAAUCAGGAAGGGCAGGUACCCUACCAUGUGAAGCAAAAAGGAUGGCUUACGACAGGCCUGUGCAGUUUAAUAUGUUUAGAAACAAUGCUUUUGAUAUAUGAGAUGCACUGAAUGUAGCAAAUAUUAGAAUUUAUAAUUUAGUUCCGAGGGAAUCAACAUUCUGACAAUUUAAAAACGUUUAAGGGACUUCUUAAAUUUCUCACAGUGGUGCAGAUAUCGAUAUUAUGUGGACUAUAUAAGAACUGAAGUCCUCACAGUGUUACCACCCACAAGACUGACAUUGCAUCAUAUUCUAGUCAUGUUCUUGUAGUUUUAAUCUUACAUGAGAUUUCUGACUUGAAUGGAUGAACAGGGCUCUUUUCCUAACAGGAGCAUUUGAGGUUUUCUUUUCAGAGCCGUACUGGAGGAUCAACCGAUCUAGUGGAUACCAUGGACUUUUUCCCAGAGUGUGAGGCUAACUAUUCACCUCCAUUUGGUUGUAAUGUUUAGAAUGCAUGGAGCUCUAUCAUGUCCUUAUGCUCCUUUUCUGGUGCACGGGCAUAAGGACAAUUUUAAAUCUAAAUGUUUACAGUUAUAUUACAUCAACAGUCAACUUAAACUCCACAAUACUACAGCCUUUACUCCUGGUUUGUGACACUAUACAGAUCAGAAGUAUACGACUCAAUUGUGAAAUAAAGAGAUAAAUUUAAAGAAUGUUGAAGUCAUAUUUUUAUUGUGUGGUCCUGCAGCUUCUCUGAACACCAUCAAUCUGUAAUACAGACAAAAGAGUAUCUAAGAUUUGAGGUUUUCAUGGCAGUGAAAACAUGGACUGUGUUCUUCUGAGUUGUGAUGUCAUAGAGUUUAUCAUCAUUAUUUUGAAGGGACAUGCUGCUUCACCUUUCAGGGUAGAAGUGUUCUUCUUAAACACACAACCACCCACAAGACUACACAGCAACACAACUCAGAAGACCACAUUCCAUAGCUUAUCUGCAAUAAUCAGUCUUGCAGGCACUGGAUAACAGUUCCACUUCCUUAUAUUAUUGAAACAGAAGCCGUCAGUUCUGCUUUUAUACUUGAACACUUUUUUUCUGCCAAAUAUUAGUUGAACUUUGCCAUCCAUAACUAAAUCUAUGACAAACCUAAAGCAUAUUUGUAGCACAUAGUUUGAGUAUAUAUGAUGGCUAUUUAAAUUAAUAAAAGUUUUUUUCUUUAUUUAUUUCAAAAAUGUAUGUUCUUGUACAGAGUAUGUGCUGUUCAUUAAUAAAUUAUGAUAUUUAGUGA